AAUCACUCCCUUAUCUAAUACUAGUGUGCUUCUCUCUCAGUCUUCCAUCUCUCUCUCUCUAUCUCUCUUAUUUGAGAAGCCAUGAGAACCAUCUUCCUCUUAGCUGCAACUAUUCUUGCACUCCUCUCAACUUACCUAUCAAGAAAUCCAAUCAGUUUAUCACCACCUCCUCUUCCCGGAGCUCAUGAUAAGCUUAAGGAUGCAGAAGUGAUUUCACUUUCCGGCAUCGGAGCUUUUGGGGCAGAGAGUAUUGUCUUUGAUCGUAAUGGUGAGGGUCCUUACAUCGGCGUCGCCGACGGCCGGAUUCUUAAAUGGCAAGGAGAAGAUAAAGGAUGGAUGGAAUUUGCAGUCACUUCCGCAAAUAGAAAUGAAUGUGUUAAAGCAUUUGCACCCAAGAUGGAGCAUGUAUGUGGGAGGCCAUUAGGAUUACAAUUUCACUAUAAGACAGGAGAUCUCUACAUUGCUGAUGCAUACUUUGGGCUACUCAAAGUUGGACCAAAUGGAGGUUUAGCCACUCCAGUGGUAACUGAAGCCGAAGGCAAACUCUUCAAAUUCACCAACAAUAUUGACAUAGACGAGGAGGAAGGUGUGGUCUAUUUCACUCAUUCAAGCACAAAAUUCGACAGAAGAGAGUUUGUCUCGAUUGUUUUAAGCCAAGACACAAGUGGGAGAUUCUUGAAGUAUGACAUAGCAAGCAAAGAAGUUACAGUACUGAUGAGAGACUUACUAUUUCCCAAUGGUGUGGCAUUGAGCAAAGACAGAUCCUUUGUGCUAGUUGUAGAGACUGGGAAUGGCAAUGUCCAAAAAUAUUGGCUUCAAGGUCCUAAAGCUGGAACUCAUGAGCUAAUAGCUGAGUUACCAGGGUUUCCAGAUAAUCUUAGAAGGAACUCUGAUGGAGAUUUUUGGGUUGCUUUGUACUCUAAGAAGGGAAAGAUGGAGAAAUGGCUUGAAUCAAAUCCUUCAGUAAUGAACUUUUUAUCAAAGUACCCUUAUGCUGUUGAGAAAGUACAGACAUUGAUGAGUGGUUUGAAGGCCCAUGCAAUUGCUAUGAAGUUGAAUGAAGAGGGACAAGUUGUGGAAGUGUUUGAAGAUAGUGAAGGAAAGACUUUGAGUUCCAUUACUGAAGUGGAAGAAAAUAAUGGAUAUUUGUGGAUUGCUGCACCAAUGAUGCCCAUCAUGGGUCGUAUUAAACUGCACUAGAGAAGCCUUAAUUUGGGAAAUUCUUGAGGCUCUUCUAUGAAAAUUAGAAUUACAAGUUGGCUCCCUGGUUUUUAUGUAUUCCCUCCCCCCUCCUCCCUUCUCCCCAAUUUUUCUUCUGUAUAUCUCCAAGCCAUGUUUUGGAUUAGUAUUAUCAGUUUUGACUAGGCCUCAAUUUUGUGUUGUUUUUGGCUCAUCAUUAUAUAUGAACCUACCACAGAUGAGUUUGGCUGUAAGCAAAACACUAGUGAAAAUGAAAUUACCUCUUGUUUAACAAUCA